ACCCCUUAAAUACAGUGCUGCAUUAUAAACCUUGUUAACCCUCAGCUUUGUGUGUGCUUCCAGAACAAAUGGUAAUCUGUUCAUCUUCCAACCUUGUUACAUUCACUGCUCAUUCUGAUCUAGGUGUUGGUUUGACUUCCAGAGGUCAUGCAAGAAUAUAGUCUAGUCUACCUAUGUAAUUUGGCAUCUAUAUUUUGGUACUAAGCUUGGUUUUAUAGUUUGAAUUUAAAUGCAUUGUAAUAGGCCACGUGCUGUAUCACUGGAUUAUAAAUGACCCAUCAUAAUACAACUAGUUGUAUGCCAGGUGGAAUUGCAAGGAGUGAAAAUGUAAACAAGCUCAUACAGAAGAGGGCAUUGUUACACUCUAGGUGCCGACGGGAGACAUGUGCUGGUUUGAAAUCUCAGAGUAUUUUGUCACCCUGGGGACUGGGUGAUAACUUCAGUUUAAGGUAAGAGGACUAUCAGCCAAAGAAAGGACAUGGACCUACUACUACAUUUGUAUCAUCUCUCAGAGAUGUUAUAUUCAUACUGAUGACCAUCUGGAUAACAUUUACAUUUAAGUCAUUUAGCAGACGCUCUUAUCCAGAGCGACUUACAAAUUGGAAAGGAUACUAAUGAAAAAGCAAUCAUGGGGCCAUCUGUCUUACUGGUCCUUUUUUUAUGGACAUUACAUAUCUUUUAUGCCAUUUUAUAGACCUGACUGCUAGUUAUGCCUGUAUUGUAUUGAUGAUGUGAAUGGCUGUGUGUGUGUGUGGUGUGUCAUUGCGGUUUGGUUGUGGUUUGCUGUCAUAUUGUUGCUGCAGAUUUAGUGCUCAAGUAAUUGCCCCUAAGAGAAACAUUUUGAUUGGAUAGAAAAAUAUAAUGUAUGAAUUUGAUACAAUUUAAAUAUUCCAUUCUAUAAAACAAAUUUUGUCAAAUUGGCAAUAUAUGAAGUGCAUUUGUUGCAUUUGAAAUGGGGGGGGCUGAUUUUUUUUUUUCCCCCACUCGAACUGGAGUGAAGGCAGUCGGGUAGGGAUGGUGGAUGGUAGUUGGAAGAGCGCACUUGUUUGAGCUGGAAGAGCGCACUUGUUUGAGCUGGAAAAGCGUUGCGGUAGCUUUCGAAGAAGAGGAACAUCAAGACGAAGCAGCUGCUUUAUAAGUGGGAUGCGCUGUUGAGCGCUACAUCCUGAGGGGUCCGUGCUGAUUGUACUGAGAUUGUGACAGUCGGUUAAAUGCCGGUUAAAUGGCGUCCCUUGAGAAGGCAAGCACAGUUUGUAUGUCAGGAGAAGUCCAGUAUUGUCAUGAGUAUACUUGGAAUGUGGAGGGAAAAUGAGAGGCAGAUGAGGUCUGAGAGAGCGGGGGAGCUCGAGUCGGUUAAAAUUGCGGGGGAAAUGGUUUGUUAAAGAAGAAUGGUAGAAAGUAUAAGCAGCGUGAGCUGAAGACAGGAGGAGAAAUGGAAGUGAAUGAGGUCGUAGUAUCGGAGGUGGUAGGUGUGAUGUUCUCGGAGCCCGAGGCUUGCACCGAGGGUCAGGAUAAAGAUGAGUCCGUGACCGUAGGAGUGAAGUUUUGGGAAAAAGUGGACCCUUGCCUUUUUUGCGGAUCCAUUUGUGGUUUCGUGGUGGGUGAAUACAGAGUUUGGUGCUGUGGAAUCGGGGAGGGUAAACAAAGUGGUCUGGUGAUAAUUGUUUGUUUCUGCUGGUCAGAGGGAGAGGGUGCUCAACUUUAAACGAAUUGGGGCAAAAAAUGUGAAUUGUUUUGCUCCCAAGAAAAGGGGGCAAUUGAAAGGAGUGAUUACUGGGGUAGCAUUACAUGUAAAAGUUGAUCAACUGAAGGGGAAAUUUCCCAGUGUUUGAUGCUCGUCGUUUGGUACAACGCAAACGGUGGCAUGAGUGGUGAAACAGAAGUCACUGCCUGUUCUUUUGAGUUUUGAUGUCUUUUCCGACAAAGUUAUGUUAGUGUAUAUAUAAGUUGUCCUGUACACGCUUUUGUGCUAAAUACAUUACGUUGUUAGAGGUGUCAAGAUUAUGGGCAUGUGGCAGCAGUGUGUAGGAGGGAGGGUCCAAGGUUUGCAGAAGGGCAUGAGACAAGGGAAUGUUUUUAGCAUUGUUUAGCAUUGGGAAAAGUAGUGAUAUAUGUUAAUUGUAGGGGUGCCCAUGGGGCUGGGGAUCAGAAAUAUCCUGUGUGAGAGAGCGAGGUUGAGGUUUCCAUGGUUGUCAUAUGCUGAGGCAGUGAAGAAAGUAGAGGAAGAUGGGUCAAGAGGGAGGGAUCCUGAGAGGAGUGGUAUGCAGUAGAUAUGUACCAGUACAGAGGGAGGGAUCCUGAGAGGAGUGGUAUGCAGUAGAUCUGUAUCAGUACAGAGGGAUCGGUCAACAAGUGAUAUAUGUUUCAGUAAGAUUGGAUUUUUAGCAUUCAUAGCAAUGGUUAUGAACUGUACUGCAGGGAUGGAACGUUAAGUCUCAGAAAAUUGAGGGUGUGGUGGCAGCUGCAGAGUUAUUUGGGUGUGAGAGACUUGACAUCAGAAGAGUUACAUGGUGUGUUAAGUGGUGGUGUCCCAUCCUUUCAAGUUGUUGACAUGGGGUAGGACUAAAUAGAUUAAAAUAGUGGGGUAGGGUGGUUUUAUUUAAUUGAUAUUUACAUUUUCUAUUAUUCUUUUCCAACUUUAUUUAAAAAUAAAUGUGUUUUUGGGUGUAGUGGUAGGGUCUUUUAUUUUGUUUUACAUUUGUGGUGGUAGGUAGUCUAGUGGUUAGAUUGUUGAGCCAGUAACCGAAAGGUUGCUGGAUUGAAUCCUCAAGCUGACAAGGUAAAAUAAUGUCGUUCUGCCCCUGUACAAGGCAGUUAACCCACUGUUCCCCGGUAGGCCGUCAAUGUUAAUAAGAAUUUGAUCUUAACUGACUUGCCUAGUUAAAUAAAGGUGAAUGUUUAAAGCAAAGGUCAAGGGGGUUGUACUCCAGUAUAGUAGCGGUAAUGCAACAUCUAGUGGAUGCCAAACGCCGUUAAACCUCAUCAAAGAAGAAAAAUAAGCGUUUGAAAUUGAUCUGAGCUCCCAAUUCGUCAUUUGGCUAGUGCUGUCUGGAUCAGGGAUUGAUUAAUUUUGUCUGGCGCAAGCAGGGGACUCAGGAAAUGUUUCAAACUCGAUUCGAUUGUAGCGAUUUUCUACAGUAAAACAAACGUCAGUCGGUCGAUAAGCUACAGAAAAGUAAAUAUGUCGUGGUUAUUUUACUCGCCAUUCAAGCGUUUUUGUGUCAAGUGUAAAGAUUGUCCUGCAGUGACCGCGCGCUGCUAUUCCUCUUUGUUGACUCCAAUUCGGUGCCCCCAGCUGUCAAAACAACAGACCUUUGUCGUGUUACAACAGCAGCAGAGAAAAUGUUUCGGACCUUCACGCCUAACUUCUCGGUUUUACUCAAGGUCAAAGUUUUGGAUUGGGGGAAUAGGUGCGGGCAUUGUUUUAGCUUUGGGAUUGAAAUAUCACACUGACAUAGCUGAGCUCUCAUGUGAAGAGGACUUCCAACAUACUGGAAGAUAUGGUGCUGCCAUUCAAGUUAGCAGAGACCUUGUUCAGCGGAUAAAGGUACAGGAUGAGGUUGGAGCUCCAGGGCUGGUGGUCGGUGUGUCUGUGGAUGGCUCUCAAGUCUGGUGCGAAGGACUUGGCUAUGCUGACUUAGAGAACCGUGUGCCCUGUGGACCAGAGACAGUGCUGAGGAUCGCCAGCAUCAGUAAACCCCUAACUACAGCAGCAGCAGCCCGCCUGUGGGAGGAGGGGAAGCUUGACCUCGAUGCCCCUGUCCAGAAAUACGUCCCUGAGUUCCCCCAAAAACAGUUUGAGGGAGAAGAUGUGACAAUAACUCCACGGUUGAUUCUCUCUCAUCUGAGUGGCAUACGGCACUACGAGAAGGAUGCCAAGAAAGUGAGGGAGGACAGGGAGAAGGCCAAACGACCUUUAAAACUGCCUGGUGAAGAGGAAAAGAGCUUGUCUGAAAACAAACCCAAGACCGAGGACAGCAGCACCAAGAGCAAAGAAAACAAACCGGCUCAGAAGAAAAAAGAGUUUGAGCAAGAAGAGUACUACCUGAAAGACAGCUUUGAAAGUGUCAUUCGUGCCUUGGACCUGUUCAAAGACGACACUCUCGUUUUCAAACCUGGCACCACCUUCCUGUACUCAACCCACGCCUUCACCCUCCUCAGUGCCGUGGUGGAGAGAGCUGCUGGCCAGCACUUCCUGGAUCACAUGAUGAAGAUGUUCAGGGAACUGGGCAUGCUCAACACUGUGCCAGAUGAGAAUGACCCCAUUAUCUAUAACCGCUCAAGGUUUUAUCAUUUCAAUAAGAAAGGACGCAUAGUAAACUGCCCUUACGUGGAUAACUCUUAUAAAUGGGCAGGAGGUGGCUUUCUCUCCACUGUGGGAGACAUGCUCCUGUUUGGGAAUGCUCUGCUCUUCAGCUACCAAGUGGCCAACCUGAAGGACUGCACAGACCUCCUGCCUGGCUUCCUCAAACCAGAGACAGCCCAGGCUCUGUGGGCCCCUGUGGACAAGACAGUGGCCUCCUGGGAUAAGGAUGGGCUGUAUGCACAGGGCUGGCUGGUGGUGGAGAAGGAGCAGAAGUAUGGGCAGUGCAGGAGGCGCAGGCAUUAUGUCUCACACACCGGGGGCGCUGUGGGGGCCAGCAGUGUCCUGCUGGUUUUGCCCCGCAAGACAGUCCAGCAUCCAGAAGGACUGACUACAGCCCUACCUCAGGGAAUAGUGGUGACCAUCAUCACUAAUAUGCAGUCUGUGGGACUCAACAGCACAGCACUGAAAAUCGCCCACGAGUUUGACAAAGCCAGAGGCUAAUAAGAGUAUAUUUGUAAAGAAUAUGAAGAGGGUUAAAACUACCGCAAAGUGUCAAGGCACUACAAUAUCUUUACUAAUGGCAGUGGAUGAAUGAUUUAUCAGCAGCACUCUUUUGUAUAUUUGAAUUUGAUACUGCUUUUUAUACAUUUCAGCCCGUUUUGUUGAGUAAUAAAAGACCAUGUUCGACAUGGGUGUGCAUUGAA